CAAAAAUUGUAUUCGUAGAUGGCCAAAAAUGUCGCCCUCUUUGAGUGUACUCUCUCCAAGUAAGCUUCCGCUUCUAUCGUGAGUAUUAAAUGUAUAUAUUAAAGCAACGAUGAACUACAAGAGGAUGAAGAGCCACAGUACACAAUUCAAACAAUUCACAGCCAAAAAAAAAGCGGAUUCAGAUGUUAAGGAAACGGCUAUUGCAGAGAAGAAUCAAUGAAAAGGCGGAGGUAGGGUUUUAAUCUGCACAAGCUAUUAAUAAUGCUCAACUAGGGUCUGAAUAUUUGAGUGUUUGCUUUUUUUUUGGUUUUAACCUUGGAAAAAAUGCACUAGAAAGGGGACAUUCUGUCGUCUUGCACAUGUUGUUGCCUUUGUGCUGUUGGAUCUGUCCACAACUGCAGCCCUUCCAACCACAUUUCUUUGCAUCUGUACUUGUGCCUGCCAAAAACCCAUAAAAAAAUUAUCACAGGCAGCAGCAGAGGACGAGAUUUGAAAAAAAUAGAGUCAACUGAGGGCAAUUGGAUGGGAUGUGUUUUGGGUGUCGCAAAUGUGAGCAGGUGCUGCAGGUUUCCAGAUGUGGUGCGUUUGCUGACUUGUUUUCCGGUAAUUACCGGUGUUCGGUGAGAUUUGGGCCUGCGGAGGCACAUUGAACUGCAGUGGUUGCUUCAGAGCUUAUUUGGCGUUUGGUUUGGAUUUGUGUUGGUGGGUAUUAGUGAGUCGGGAGAAAGUUAUGCGAAACCGGAGAUCACAGAGAUUAAGAUUGAUUUCAGGGCUUGUUUUUUCUGUCCCAGACGAUGAAGCGGGCUUACAAGUUACAGGAGUUUGUGGCCCAUGCAUCCAAUGUCAACUGUCUCAAGAUUGGGAAGAAGACUUCCAGAAUUCUCGUGACAGGUGGAGAAGAUCACAAAGUGAACAUGUGGGCCAUUGGCAAGCCCAAUGCCCUAUUGAGUUUGUCAGGUCACACAAGUGCAGUUGAAUCUGUAGCAUUUGAUUCCCAAGAAGAUUUAUUAGUUGCUGGAGCUGCAAGUGGCACAAUAAAACUGUGGGAUUUGGAAGAAGGAAAAAUUGUUCGGACCCUCACUGGUCACAGAUCCAAUUGCAUAUCUGUAGACUUCCAUCCAUUUGGGGAAUUUUUUGCAUCUGGUUCUUUAGAUACAAAUCUUAAGAUCUGGGACAUUAGGCGUAAGGGUUGCAUCCACACUUACAAGGGGCACACUCGUGGAGUUAAUUCAAUCAAAUUCAGUCCUGAUGGUCGUUGGGUGGUUUCUGGUGGGGAGGACAAUAUUGUGAAGUUAUGGGAUCUGACUGCUGGAAAGCUCAUGCAUGAUUUUAAAUGCCAUGAAGGUCAGAUUCAGUGUAUGGAUUUCCAUCCUCAGGAGUUUCUUCUCGCUACAGGUUCUGCAGACAGGACUGUGAAGUUCUGGGAUCUUGAGACGUUUGAGCUUAUUGGAUCAACUGCACCAGAGACAACAGGGCCUCGUUCCAUGAUUUUCAAUCCAGAUGGAAGGACUCUUCUGUGUGGACUGCAUGAAAGUUUGAAGACAUUUUCUUGGGAACCUUUAAUAUGUUAUGAUGCGGUGGAUGUUGGUUGGUCCAAACUGGCUGAUCUUAGCAUACAUAAGGAAAAGCUUCUUGGUUGUUCAUACAAUCAAAGUUGUGUUGGUGUGUGGGUUGUGGAUAUUUCGCGGGUGGAGCCAUAUGCUGCUGCAAAUGUGUCGACAACAAAUAUCCGUAAUGAAGGCAAGUUGAACUCCAGCAGCAAUCAUCAAUAUGCACAGCAGUCUGAUCGUAAUUUAAAAACUUCUGCCACAAGACUUUCGUCAGCACAGAGUUCAGAGGCAGGAAACAAGGAAUCUAAAAAUGCUGUAUCAGUAACUGGUGCAGAAUGUCCUCCAAACUCAUCUCCACAAGCUGGAAUAACAUUUGCCACAAAGAAUCAUUCUGCGAAUUCAGGACCAUCAUAUGUAUCGACUCCAAAGAAAAAUAACGUGUCUAGGGUGCAGCCAGUGACCAGUUUUCACACAUCAUUGGGCAAGGCUGAUGUAGCUCCUGUUAUUGUCCCCAGAAACAGUACAAAAACGGAGAUGGCAGCAGAUUCGAAGAAAGAAACAAACACAUUAGGCAAGGCUGAUGUUACACCUGCCAUUGUUCCUAGAAACAAUGCAAGAGUGGAAACAGCAGCAGAUUCCAAGAAAGAAACAAACACAUUUGGUAGGGCUGAUGUAGUGCCUGUUAUUGUUCCCAGAAACAGUGCAAGAGUGGAAACAGCAGCAGAUACCAAGAAAGAAACAAACACAUUAGGUAGGGCUGAUGUAGUGCCUGUUAUUGUUCCCAGAAACAGUGCAAGAGUCGAAACAACAGCAGAUUCCAAGAAAGAAAUGAACACAUCAGAUAGGGCUGAUGUCGCACCUGUCAUUGUCCCUAGAAAUAGUGAAAGACCUGAAACAUCACCAUAUUCGAGGAAAGAACCAAACAAUGUUGGAAGGAUGGCUUCAAAUAUGGGAUCAUCCAAAUCAGUUGACCUCUUGAAAUUUGGCAGCAGCAGAGAUGAAGCUGACAAGAUAGACCCAAAUGAUCAAUUUCAGUUGGCAUGUCAGAAAUCAACUUUGGGAAAUGAGAAAACUGACAAGAACUUUGGUAGAAGUGACCAAAACUUUACGUCUAGACUUGACUCUGCUAGCACUAAUUCAACAGCAAUCAGUGUGGGAAAUCCAGUAGGUCCCAGAUGGAUUGGAUCAGCAAAAUUUAGAAGAAAUUCAUUUAUGGAAUCACUUGAUUUUCCACAUGAUGGAAUUUCAUUGCAUUCACGGCCAGCACCUGAUGAUGGCAGCCUAACCCAGGCAGUACAACAAACAGCAGCAGCUGAAUUAUCCAAAAGAGUAGUUGAGCCUGGGCGUGCGCGUGCUAUAGCUGCUAGCUGGGAAAGGCGACAGAGAGCUAAUACUACAGAUGCACCUGUAUUGCUCAGUAAUUUUUCCACCCCAGCUGUGGGGCCGGAUAUGAAUUCAUUUAUCCCUAGAGGAAGCUAUGGGGCUUCUGAGCAGGAUUGCUCAGUUGGUGAUGACAGUGGUGCUAUUGAAGACCUCAUGCAGCAGCAUAAUGCAUUUAUGGGUAUACUUCAUACCCGCUUGACAAAAUUGCAGGUAAUAUUACGUUUUUGGCGAAGGAGUGACCUGAAAGGUGCUAUAGAGGCAUUGGGAAAGAUGGGAGACAAUUCUGUCCUUACUGAUGUAAUUAGUGUUCUGAUUGAAAGGAGUGAUGUCUUCACUCUUGAUAUUUGCACAGUCCUGCUUCCAUUACUAAGUCGGUUGCUUGAAAGUGAGAUUGACAGGCAUCUUAGUGUAGCGCUUGAAGCUCUGGUAAUGCUAGUGAAGACCUUUGGUCAUGUUAUUCGAGCAACGAUUGUGGCAUCUCCAACAAUUGGAGUUGAUAUUCAAGCAGAGCAAAGGCUUGAACGCUGUAAACUAUGUUCCAUUGAGCUGGAAAAGGUCAAGCAGAUUCUUGGUCCUUUGAGCAGGAAAGGUGGAGCUAUUGCUAAAUCUUCCCAAGAAUUGAGUGUAGCUCUUCAAGAAGUGUGAACAUUCCAUAGUCUGUUUGGCUGAUUUUUUCAGUAAUCAAAAUUUGUUAAUGUGAAGGCAACUGUAGCAUGGCAAAGAGUAACACUGCAUUGUUUGCAAGAAUACCAUGGAAUGGUGGAUGAAUCUGCAUGACAGCAGACUGAAUUGAAUAUGGUUUUACAGGUCAAUUGAGUUUCGAUCUAUUCCAGUCUUAUUUGCCAUGCCUUGUUUUGUAUAUUUUUGGUGAUGGAAAAAUUCUAAUUAAGGCUAAGGCGGCACUUAAUGUACGUGCUGGUAGAGAAUUGUUGAUUAGUUGAAGCUGCAACUAACAUUGUUUGAAAUACCGCAGCAUGCUUCAACUUUUGUUGUAAUAUUUACAGUACCUUGGUAAUAGUCCUCAUUCCUGUUACAUAUUCAA